AUGAAGCUGCUGGUGGUUUUAAGUUUGGUGAUAGUAGCCAUACAGGGCGCUAAUGUGAGACAUCAGCGUCAGUUCCCUGAUGACUUUCUCUUCGGGGCCGCUACAGCCGCCUACCAGAUCGAAGGAGCCUGGAAUGAAGAUGGGAAAGGAGAAAACAUCUGGGAUCACAUGAUCCACACUAACCCAAAUGUUAUCAGAGAUGUGACCAAUGGCGACGUUGCUGCUGACUCCUACCAUAACUACAAGCGUGAUGUCGAGAUGAUGAGGGAGUUAGGCCUGGAUGCUUACAGAUUCUCUCUCUCCUGGCCUCGGAUCCUCCCUACAGGCAUGGCCAAUGAGGUCAACCCAGCUGGCAUCGCUUUCUACAACAAUUAUAUCGAUGAGAUGUUGAAGUAUAACAUCACUCCAAUGGUGACUCUCUACCACUGGGACCUUCCUCAAAAACUGCAAGAUUUAGGAGGUUUUGCCAAUCCCCUCAUCAGCGACUGGUUUGAAGAUUACGCGAGGGUUGUCUUCGAGAACUUUGGAGACAGAGUCAAGAUGUUCAUCACUUUCAAUGAGCCCAGAGAGAUCUGCUACCAGGGUUAUGGAGGUGAUCUUAAGGCUCCCAUCUUGAAUUCCACUGCUAUGGGAACCUAUUUGUGUGGCAAGCAUCUUUUAAUAGCCCAUGCUAAGGCCUACCACAUGUAUAAUAAGGAAUUCAAGCCAACUCAAGGUGGACAGUGCGGUAUUACCAUCAGUGUAAACUGGUUUGGUCCAGCCACGGACUCUGCUGAAGACCAAAUGGCUGCAGAGAUCAAGAGACAAGGCGAGUGGGGUAUCUACGCCCAUCCAAUCUUCUCAUCUGAGGGAGGAUUUCCAAAGGAGUUCUCAGAGAGAGUGGCAGAAAAGAGUGCUCAGCAAGGAUACAGGCGCUCCCGCUUACCGGAGUUUACAGAAGAAGAGAAGACACUGGUGAAGGGAGCAUCGGACUUCUUUGGAGUGAACCAUUAUACUGCAAGACUGGUGUCUGCUACAUUGUAUAAGGAGGCAGUUCCAGUACCUUCUCUCUUAGAUGACAUGGAUGUCGGUCAUAAUGCACCUGAUGACUGGGCUACAUCGGCGUCUUCUUGGCUUGUCUUGGCUCCAAACAGCAUCUUCAACGCUUUAAAGCAUUUAAAAGAGAGAUACAACAACCCGAAUUUCUACGUGACUGAGAAUGGCUGGUCUACUUACUAUGAGACUGGUCUAAUGGAUGAUGGCAGGGUCACCUACUACAGAGCGUCGAUGGAGAGCCUCCUGAACUGCUUGGACGAUGGCAUCAACCUCAAGGGGUACAUGGCUUGGAGUCUGAUGGACAACUUUGAAUGGAUGCAGGGUUAUGUUGAGCGUUUCGGCCUAUACCAAGUGGAUUUCUCAGACCCUGCGCGCACGCGCACCCCCAGGAAAUCAGCGUUCGUGUACAAGCACAUUAUCAAACAUCGCGCCGUGGACUAUGAAUACGAACCAGAGAGCCUGGUCAUGACUAUCGAUGAGGGACAUUGA